UAUUUUAAGCGUCAAACCAUCCACAGUUUCUACAACAUACGUACAAAAAAUGUGACACUAAUAUUUAAUCGGUAUAAAAUCUUCAAGCUAUAUGUACAUCUAUAUCAAGAUACAAAAUAAUGGUGAUCAUAAAUGAUAUCUAAAUUUUGAUAUCCAUGGGAUAUAUGCGUUACACUUUAUAGAUAUCUCGUACAACCUCCAUAUAUCCGCAAAAACCGCGCAAGCAUAGCACAUUGGUAGAAGUGCUUUUAACUCUUAGAGAUAGAGCCAUUGAUAGCUCAUAAACCCAAGAUAAGAUCUAGAUUACAUAGUAUCUAUACAUAGCCAGGGAGGCCAGUAUAUUUAACCCCCAUUGGUUCACUAUAGUCGAUCAGAGGUAGUCGUAGACACAUAUUUUGAUCAAACAAGGGGUUGGAGAGAGAGAGAAGCUAGCUAGAGUAGUAGUAGACUAGUAGUGAGUGAGAGAGAGAGAUGGAAAAGGUUCAAGCUUCUUGUGAGGGUGAUCAGGGAAUCUGCAAAAGAGGAGCCAAAGGUGGCCAUCCGAUCGACCAAAAUCUUGUGGGAGGGAUGACUAUGUCGACCGGUGUCCCUACUACUGUGCCUCCUACCCCAGCAUUAGCUGCCUUGAAAAACCUACUUAUAAGGGUGGUGGCAGCAGCAGCUGGGAAAGGCCUCAGCAGCAGCGCAGAAGAAGCAAGGUGUCUUUGGGCAAAGCUGCCGGCGCCGGAGGAGGAGGAGGAGGCCGGCCAGCAGCCGGAGAGGCCGCCGUCGUCAUAUCGGCGGCCACCGACAUCGACGUUGAUGGCGCCGGUGGGGCUCCCUCCGGGGUUCCGGUUCCACCCGACGGACGAGGAGUUGGUGAACUACUACCUCAAGAGGAAGAUCCACGGUCUCAAGAUCGAGCUCGACAUCAUCCCUGAAGUCGACCUCUACAAGUGCGAGCCAUGGGAGCUCGCUGAGAAAUCGUUCUUGCCGAGUAGGGAUCCGGAGUGGUAUUUCUUCGGGCCUCGGGAUCGGAAGUAUCCGAACGGGUUCAGGACGAACAGGGCGACGAGGGCGGGGUACUGGAAGUCGACGGGGAAAGACCGGCGGGUGGUGCACCAGCACGGGGGGCGCGCCAUCGGGAUGAAGAAGACGCUGGUCUACUACCGCGGCCGCGCGCCGCAGGGCGUCCGCACCGACUGGGUCAUGCACGAGUACCGCCUCGACGACAAGGACUGCGAGGACACCAUGCCCAUCAAGGACACUUACGCGUUAUGCCGGGUCUUCAAGAAGAACGCGAUCUGCACCGAGGUGGAGGAGCUGCAGGGGCAGUGCAGCAUGGCGCUGCUGGAGGGCGCCUGCCAGCAGCUGCUCGCCAGCGGCGGCGGCGGCAGCCAGGAGCAGUACGAGACGCCGUCGCCGCCGGACGUCCCCGUCGGAUCAACCUUCGGUGGGGCCGACGCCGACGCCGAGGACGACCCCGACAAGGACGACUCCUGGAUGCAGUUCAUCUCCGACGACGCCUGGUGCUCCAGCACCGCCGACGGCGGCGCCGAGGAGAGCACCUCCUGCGUGGCCCUCGCCGGCUGAUGAGAAGCCAGGGCAAGCUUCUGCUCAUGUGCUGGAUCAUCAUGCUCUCCUGAUAAUUAUUUUUUCGUUCUUUUUUUUUGUGCUGCUGGCUUAUUAUUAAUAAGUAUAUGGAGUCUUGAAGGUG